GUCUCUUUCCGGCCCCUCGGGUGUCAUCCUUCGAUCUCUCGCUGGUGUACAUUUAUUUUUAAUCCUUGUUUCUGUUCUCAUGACAUAACAUCUUCUCUAAUUCAUCAACCACACUCGUUUCCGGUCUCUCGUUUCGUUCGCUAUUUUCGUCGACCCCAUUUCUUGUCUCAUUCCACUCCCGGUGUGAGCCGUAUUACUCAUUCCGAUUCACUAAUGAAUGCCAUGUCGCGCAAAGCGGAGUCUUUUGAUUUCAUGUUCCCACCAUCCGAACGAAGGCGCAGACUGCCAACAAACUGUCGAUGGCCGCUAUCCAUUGCCCUCGUGGCCAUCACAUUAAUCGUCAUUUUCUUCGCUUAUCAUAAUCCUUCUCUGAGCGAUUCAAACAUUCUAUCGGGCUACUCACUCGAAGAAAUAAAACCAAGCUCAGACUCCCGCUACUCCGACCUUAGUCGCUUGAUCCCACAAUUGUACAAACCGUUCUUGCAUCCUAUUGACGCAGAAACAUUCAUCGGCGAAAAUGAAGUCGAAUACAAAAUCGCUCAGAACCCGCCUCGAUUCACAAAGUCGCUUGGAAAGAAAGUCUUGUUGCUCGAUGUUGAUACCCGCGCGUUGAACGGCGAGGGUGGCAUGAUGAAUGAUCAUAUCAGCUAUCAUGACCUUUCUCCUCAUACCGCGGGCAUGUUGAGCCAUUACUUGUAUGCAAUGAUCCACGGUUACGAGUACAAAUUUAUCCAAGCCCCAUCCUACACCGACCGACACCAGACCUGGGUCAAAGUCCCCAUGAUCCGUGAAGCGCUCAAAACGUACGAUUACGUCGUGUUCAUGGACGCCGACGCCGUCUUCCACUACCACCAUUUACCCUUGGAAUGGCUCUUCAACCACUGGAACAUUACCAGCGACACCAUGCUCGCCAUGGCCCUAGACCCAGACGCAGACUUCAACAAGGACGAGCGAGGAAACGUCAACCUCAACACAGGCUUCAUCAUCGCUCAAGCCAGCGAGCGCACUACAGAAAUGUUCAAUAUCUGGGAAGACUGCGUCACCGACAAUAAAUACGCCAACUGCUCCAAAUGGCGAUACGAAUGGAGCCACGAACAAGCCGCUUUCAGCAAUUACUUGCGCUAUGAAUACACCGGCCCCAAUGAAGUCAUCUCGCUCCCCUGCGCAGAAGCAAACGGUUACCCCAAAAAGGCGGAUCUAGGUUGCACAGGCGAAUUCGUCCGUCAUUACUGGCUGGACAAAGGUGCUACAGUGGGUGCAUUGCAAGAUGCCGUUACUCAAUAUGCGGCUUUGAGGUUACAUGAUCAGUUCCAUAGACAUAUGAAGUCUACCCUUGUCAACGCGACGGGUACUACCUUGCCGUUGAAAGAAGGGGAAGGAGUUGUUGUGUAACCGUUUUUGCUGAUAUAAGUACAUAUAAGUUUUUAUUUCUUGUGUCAUGUACUGCACGUGACGGUUCUAUAUUUCAGCGUUGGUGGUUGUGUUUGAUACAGGAGUUGAUGUGUAGAGGCUCUUUCGUUAAUUUUACUUUUAAUGUACAUAUUGAUACCACCGUAAUUAGAGACCACGAUAUAGUAUAUUACUCUUUUAAUGAGAAGAUAUUCACCCUCGACUGUCUGGAUAUGUACAUCUAACCAACAUACAGAGUAGAAGUAGCAUUCAAAUCCUCUUCCACGAAGACCGUUCUCCCAUACCCUUCAGUCUCAGUCACUGUUCCUAGGAGCAUUUGUCCCUGGCUGUCGGUUACCGGGCUGCGAUUCUUUGCAUCACCUAGAACAGUAACCUUGACAAUCUUGACGUCGGUAUGAUAUCCAAAUCGUCCAUGGACAUGCACCUUCCCAGUCGCGGCAUCAUAAUCAAGUAGUAUAUCACUCGUUGCAAUCCCAUCUUCUCUUUUCGCUGGUACCACACUCUCCCCAUCAUCCAAAUACAAUCGUCCGCUCGCAAACCCCUUCUCAUCCGGAGCAAUGGUCAGCUCAAAAUCGAGAUUGCGUAGUUGCGUAGUCGUGUUCGCGCCGUCGAUCCGCAUGGGUAUAAUCGUGCCAGCACGGAUGUGUACUGGAAUUUCGUCGUAUCCGACGUUCUGGCGGGUUAUCCAUUCGCCUUUCGCUGUGUUCCCAUUUUGUUUCUCGUGUGAGGAUUGGAUGGUCAGUUUCUCACCCGUCCAGAAAUCAUACCAUAUGCCGGCCGGAAGAUAGAACGUAACAGUUGUCGAUUCGUCGUCUGUCACGGGAGAAACAAGUAAUGCCAAGCCAUAGAAGAAUUGUAAUUCGAUAUCCAACGUGACGGGGUCAUGAGGAUACAGAUAAAAUAGAGGCAAAAUAGUACUUGGCGUCCCGUCGACGGUCUGGUAAUGGAAUUCGGUAUAGAAAUAAUCCAAUAAUUGAUAGCGAGUCUUGAUUGCCGCUCUUGCUGCGUCGGCGACCUUGGGCCAUCUAUAAAAUUCCUGGAAUGGGGCUGUGAUAUCAGCAUGAUUUCUGUAAAAUGGGUACCACGCUCCAAGGACUGCCCAUCGAGUGCAGAGGGUCUCCCAAGUCUCAAAGUUGAAGCCACAGACGUCAGCGCCGAUAGUGGGCAUUUGGAAGAUUGCAGCGAACUCCAUGUUUUGUCUGAUAGAAAUUCGAUAGUGGUCC